CAUAACCCUUAGGAUUGCAGUCUCUUUCUGUUUCGAUGGCGAGCACCGAUCCGGAGCACAGAGAAGAGGAAGAAGUCGCCGCCGGUGAGGAUGAAGACACCGGAGCACAGGUCGCCCCGAUCGUCAAGCUAGAAGAAGUCGCCGUGACCACCGGCGAAGAAGAUGAAGACGCCAUCCUCGAUCUGAAAGCCAAGCUCUACCGAUUCGAUAAGGACGGGAAUCAGUGGAAGGAGAGAGGCGCUGGUACGGUGAAGCUCUUGAAGCACAAGGAAUCGGGCAAAGUUCGGCUCGUUAUGAGGCAAUCGAAGACCCUUAAGAUCUGCGCCAACCAUCUAGUUCUGCCGACUAUGUCGGUUCAGGAGCACGCGGGGAACGACAAGUCUUGCGUUUGGCAUGCCGCGGAUUUUGCUGAUGGCGAAUUGAAGGAUGAAUUCUUCUGUAUUAGAUUUGCAUCUAUUGAGAAUUGCAAAACCUUCAAGGAAAUGUUCCAAGAAGUGGCUGAAUCUCAACAAAAGAAAGAGGAAAGCAAAGAUGCAUCUGCUGCUGCUGGGCUGCUGGAGAAGUUAAGUGUGGAAGAUAAGAAAACUGAUGAGUCAGACAGUAAAAAGGUGUCUGAUGCAGCCAAGGAGAAGGAAUCUGAAAAUGAGCCUGCAAAAACAGAUGAUGCUGAUAAGAAGGGCGAGGAGCCUGUUUCUUCAACUUAAGCGCCUUUGUCUCAAUACGGUAUCAGUGAUCUUGAUGAUUUUGCAAGGUUAAUCGUCUAACCUUGUUUGCUGCCCUUAUUCAUAAGCUCUACCUAGUUAGUUAAACAUGGUGGACCUUUUGAUUUCCGGGCGAGAACAGCAGUGUGGGUUUGUCAGUCUGUCAUUGAAGUCUUGGCCGGUAUUCGGCAAAAUCUGGGUCGUUUUCUCUUGUCAUGGUUGUGUUGUCCUGGUUCAGGUUCCCCCGCGCCAACCCCCCCCCCCCACCUCC